GCUCAUGUCCCGGCCUACAAGCUUGUAACUCACCCCUAGGACACAAUGUUCCCCCUAGUGUUGUUUAUAGCAUACGUGGUCGCCGUCAAGGUAUUCAAGAAAACUACCCCUAAUGGCAAAGUCACCGUCUACUUGGGUAAGAGAGACUUCAUCGACCACCUGGACCAUGUUGACCCCAUUGACGGAGUUGUCGUGGUAGACAAUGACUAUCUCAAGGGCCGUCGCAUCUAUGGACAGGUUACCACGACAUACCGAUAUGGUCGGGAGGAGGAUGAGGUCAUGGGAGUCAAGUUCAGCAAAGAGAUCGUCCUCUCCAAGACCCAGAUCGUUCCUGAACCAAGAGACCAGGAGAAGAAGGAGCUGACCCCCGUCCAGGAGAAGCUUCUGAGGAAGUUCGGCCAGAACGCCUUCCCAUUUACCUUCCACUUCCCCUCGUGUUCCCCGUCCUCUGUCACUCUCCAGCCUGGUGAGGACGACACUGGCAAGCCUCUGGGAGUGGAGUACACCGUCAAAACAUACGUGGGAGAAAACGCUGAAGACCGAGGACACAAGAGGUCCUCCGUCACUCUGGCCAUCAAGAAGCUCCAGUACGCACCUCCCACCCGUGGUCGUCGUCUCCCUAGCUCCCUCGUCAGCAAGGGCUUCACCUUCUCUCAGGGCAAGCUGAACCUGGAAGUGACUCUGGACCGAGAGAUCUACUACCAUGGAGAGAAGGUUGCUGGCAACGUCACCAUCACCAACAACUCCAGGAAGACCGUCAAGAACAUCAAGAUCUACGUGGUGCAGCACUGCGAGGUGACCAUGGUCAAUGCCCAGUUCUCUCGCCACGUCGCCAGCCUGGAGACACGUGAAGGAUGUCCCAUCACACCCGGAGCUUCCUUCACCAAGGUCUUCUACCUCGUGCCACUCGCCAGCAGCAACAAGGAUCGCCGAGGAAUCGCUCUCGAUGGACAUCUUAAGGACGACGACGUGAACCUCGCCUCCUCCACCAUGGUGGCCGAGGGCAAGGCUCCGUCUGAUGCUAUGGGUAUCGUCAUCUCGUACUCUCUCAGGGUGAAGCUCAACUGUGGAACUCUGGGAGGCGAGCUGCAGACUGACGUGCCCUUCAAACUCAUGCAUCCGGCUCCUGGCUCUCAAGAGAUGGAGAAGUCCAAGGCUCUGAAGAAGACAAAGAGCAUCGAGAGAUCCCGCUAUGAGAACUCUCAUUACGCUGAUGAUGACGACGACAACAUCGUGUUCGAGGACUUCGCCCGCCUGCGACUCAACGAGACCGACGAAUAAGCUUCUUGGCCAGAGGGGCGAAGACCUGAAGAUCCCGAACAGAGGGAAGCUGGAAGCGAGUCGAGGAUACGGGUGGAGGGGAUCGAAUAAAAACAUUAUACUAUUAAUUAUUUGUUUACCUAAGUACUUUUGUUAUAUUUUUGUUAAUCGAUAUUUUAAUCGUGAUUUUUUUUGUAACAAACUAUAUUUUACGAAUAUUUUCUGAUGACACUGUGAUUUCUCUUGUUGCCAAAGUAGUAUAGACGCUUUUUUAAACACCGGCGUAAACGGAUUCACAUAGGCGAGUUUGAUUCAUACCAUUAGGCACUUUUUGUUUAAAAUGUUCACUUGGUGCUCUUACGUUUUACGUUCUAGUCAAAUUAUGUUUUUCGGUAGUUUUUUUAAAUUUGAAUUUGCAUGCUUAACUGUAGUGUUUCAUAAUUUCGCUUUUUUGAUUGAUUUAUGCUACGAUUAGGGUUGUAGUUAUUUCAUUAACGUUUAGUUCAAUGUCUAAAAAUGGUUUUUUGACGGAUAAUUUCUGUUAUAAAUUAGAAUAUGAAAUAUUUAAAUUGUCGUAAAUUUAUUUUUAAAAGUAUUCGACUUUAUGUUGAUAUAAGUUUAUGUAUAUAGGACAUAGGGAUGUUUAUUUUUAUGAAAAUAUGUAUAUUUAUUGACGAAUAUACAAAAAAAAAGAGAAAAAUAUUUAACAAAAAAAUAUAACGUGUGAAAGUAAAUUAAACCGGAAUGGUUUCUUAGUUUAAGGGCUAACUCUACUUGGUCGAGUUAUAAUAACUCCAUAGGAGAAAAUAUUAUAAAUCCAACAAUAUACUAUACUAAACCAGAACAUACAUAUCAACUGUACAUAGAAAUAGUUUUGCCUAUUGUAGCCUUGUUGUAUAUCCAUGUUGGUUUAUACUGUUUCUAUUGUGGGUUAUUAUCAGCUGGAUUACGUAUGAUGAAAUGGUAAAAUGUUUUAUGGAGAAUGACUGUCAAUGUUAACCGAAAUAAAAGCUACGACGAAU